UGUUUAUUGUUGCGUUUCUCCCGUGCGUGUUCUCGCCAGAGCGCGCGUGUGUGUGUGUCAUGUUGAACUCCCGCACGUGCGCGUCAUGUCACCACUGAUAACCUUUAACGACCGGGGGGUGGCGCAGCACACACACACACACACACACACACACACACACUCUCUGAUCCUCUUAGACUGAUGUAGGCUUCCCUGCUGCUGCUCGGCUGCGCGCGGCUCUCCCGGUCGUCGUACAGCGCGGACACACACGGGACCGGACACACACACGGGACCGGACUCUCGCUCUUUACGUCACCGGACCAGCUCCAAACAAGUUUGACGGGAGCGCACGCGGACAUUUCGAUAAAAUCACAGAUCAGCUGAUCGGCUGCGCGCGCUGAGCUCGUCCUGACGGAUCGUGUUGUGCGCGCUCGGUGCUCGGAUCGCAGCCUCUCGGUACCGUCCUCACGGGGCUUCAGUUUGCAGCAGCCGGAGAUCAGCCCUCAUCCUCGGGCUCCUCUCACGGAAAGCCUCGCAGCGCCGCCGGUUCAUCCCGGGUGGAGGAGAGUUUUUAAGGCGCAGCAGCUCCGGCAGAGAUGGACCCACACACCGCGCCAUGCGUCACUCCAAACCCCAACACUGAUUGAUCUCCUCCACCCUGAACAUUUGAAGUAAACUUUUGCUCCUCCUGCUCCUCCUGCUCCUCCUCUGUCUGUCUCCUCUCCGGUGAUAACCUCCGUAGGAUUUCCAUGAAGCGCCGCAGCGGGUGAUUUAUACUUUUCUUGGGGGAUUUUUUGCUCUGACACCGGGACAUGAUGUGGACACCGACCGAGGACGAGAAGAUAGGAGUGGUGAUCUGUAACUUCCGGGGCUCGGUGACUCAGGGUUUGGCUCUGGAGGUGGGAGAGACGGUUCAGAUCCUGGAAAAAUGUGAAGGGUGGUACAGAGGAUUCUCGACGAGGAGGCCAAAUGUCAAGGGAGUUUUCCCAGCCGGCUACGUUCACCUGAAGAAAGCCAUCGUCACAAACCGAGGACCACAUGAGACCGUGGUGCCUCUGGAGGACCCCAUUGUUACCGAGGUGACGUCGACACUGCAGGAGUGGGCCUUACUAUGGAAGCAGCUCUACGUGAAACACAAAGUGGAUCUGUUCUACAAAGUCCGCCACGUGAUGAUGGAGCUGAUCGACCUGAGGAGGCAGCUCCUGUCAGGUCACCUGACGCAGGACCAGAGCCGAGACGUCAAGAGGCACAUCACCGUCAGGCUGGACUGGGGCAACGAACAUCUCGGUCUGGACUUGGUGCCCAGAAAGGAGUUCGAGAUGGUGGAUGAAGACCAGAUAAGCGUGUCAGAUCUUUAUAAGAUGCAUCUGUCCAGCAGACACAGCGUCCAACAGAGCACCACACAGGGUGACGGUACCCGGCAGCGACACGGGGAGCCGUGCAGAGUUCCGGUACCACACCACCUACUGGUCAACCUGAAGAGCUUCACCUACAACAGCAUCGGAGAAGACACCGACAUCUUCUUCUCCCUGUACGACCUGAGAGAGGGGAAGACCAUCAGUGAGAAGUUCAUGGUUAGACUGAACAAGAACGGAGGACCGAAGAAUCCCGAGAAGGUGGACAGGCUGUGCGCCCUCUUCACGGACCUGAGCAACAAAGACAUGAAGAGAGAUCUCUACAUCAUCUCACAGGUCAUCAGAACAGGCCGUAUGCUGUUGAAUGACAGUAAGAAGGGUCCUCCACAUGUCCAGUACCGCCGACCGUACGGCUGUGCCGUCCUGGCCAUGAGCGACGUGCUGCAGACCAUCUCAGAACUCAAGGAGGAGAAAGACUUUGUCCUCAAAGUCUACACGUGUAACAAUGAGAACGAAUGGUACCAGAUCCACGAGAACAUCAUCCGCAAGUCCAGCACCAAAUACACAGCUCCAAGCACCAACUACGGUCUGAUCAUCUCUCUGCAGCUGCUGAGGGGCGACAUGGAUCAGGUCCGCAGGGAGAACCCGCUCAUAUUCAGCAGGGGGGUGGCCAUCACACGCAAACUGGGCUUCCCUGACGUCAUCAUGCCAGGUGACAUCCGUAACGACCUGUACCUGACCCUGGAGCGAGGUGACUUUGAGAGAGGAGGGAAGAGCGUUCAGAAGAACAUCGAAGUCACCGUCUAUGUGCUUUACGCUGACGGAGAGAUCCUGAAGGACUGCAUCAGUCUGGGUUCAGGCGAGCCCAGCGUGCCCGAGCACCGCUCCUUCGUGCUCUACCACAACAACAGCCCUCGAUGGAGUGAAGUGAUUAAACUGCCGAUCCCCAUCGACCGUUUCAGAGGGUCGCACCUACGCUUCGAGUUCAGACACUGCUCCACGAAGGACAAAGGAGAGAAGAAGCUGUUUGGUUUCGCCUUCACUCCUCUGAUGAGGGAGGACGGCACCACUCUGUCAGACGAGAGCCAUGAACUCUACGUUUACAAGUGUGACGAGAACACCACCUUCAGUAACCACGCCCUCUACCUGGGCCUGCCCUGCUGCAAAGAAGACUUCAACAGCUGCCCCAGCAUCCCGUCCAGCCUCAUCUUCCAGCGCAGCGCCAAGGAGACGUUCUGGAUCUCCACGCAGCUGUCCUCCACGAAGCUCACCCAGAACGUCGACCUCCUGGCCCUGCUCAAGUGGAAGGCCCACCCGGACCGGGUCAUGGACAUCCUCGGCCGGCUGCGACACGUCAGCGGAGAGGAGAUAGUGAAGUUUCUCCAAGACAUUCUGGACACAUUAUUCUCCAUCUUGGACGACAACACUGAUAAAUAUGGACCUCUGGUGUUCCAGUCUUUGGUGUUUAUCAUAAACCUUCUCAGGGACAGUAAAUAUUACCACUUCAGGCCGGUGAUGGACACGUACAUCCAGAAACACUUUGCCGGCGCGUUGGCUUACAAGGAGCUGAUCCGCUGCCUGAAGUGGUACAUGGACCGCUCUGCAGAGGUGAUACGGCAGGACCACAUACAGGAAGCAAUGAGGGCUCUGGAGUAUCUGUUCAAGUUCAUCGUCCAGUCUCGGAUCCUUUACUCUCGGGCCACCUGCGGCAUGGAGGAGGAGCAGUUUCGCACCAGCAUCCAGGAACUCUUUCAGUCCAUCCGCUUCGUCCUCAGCCUGGACAGCCGCAACUCGGAGACCCUCAUCUUCACACAGGCCGCUCUGCUCAACUCCUUCCCGGCGAUCUUCGAUGAGCUCCUGCAGAUGUUCACGGUGCAGGAGGUGGCCGAGUUCGUGCGCGGCACUCUGGGCAGCAUGCCGUCCACGGUGCACAUUGGACAGUCCAUGGACGUGGUCAAGCUGCAGUCCAUAGCUCGGACGGUGGACAGCAGGCUCUUCUCCUUCCCAGAGUCUCGGAGGAUCCUGCUUCCUGUGGUGCUGCAUCACAUCCACCUCCACCUGAGGCAGCAGAAAGAGCUGCUCAUCUGCUCUGGAAUACUCAGCUCCAUAUUCUCCAUUAUCAAGACCAGCUCAAUGGACACGUCGGUGCAGGAGGAGGUGGAGAUGAUGGUGGAGUCCUUGUUGGACGUCCUCCUGCAGACCCUGCUGUCAAUCAUGAGCAAGAGCCAAUCGCAGGAGGCGGUAAGGGGUCAACGCUGUCCGCAGUGCACCGCGGAGAUCACUGGAGAGUAUGUGUCCUGCCUCCUGUCCCUCCUCCGCCAGAUGACAGAUAUCCACUUCCAACACCUGAUGGAGAACUUUCAGAGCAAAGAGGAGCUCAAGGAGUUCUUGUUGAAGAUUUUGUGCGUGUUCAGAAACCUGAUGAAGCUCAGUAUUUUCCCCCGCGACUGGAACAUCAUGAGGCUCCUCACCAGCAACAUCAUCCUGACCACGGCCCAGUACCUGUCUCCUGCUCUGCACAAGAACUUCACAGAAGCCGACUUUGACUUUAAGGUUUGGAAUUCCUACUUCAGUCUGGCCGUGCUGUACAUCAACCAGCCCAGUUUACAGUUGGAAAACCUGAGUCCUGCCAAGAGGAAGAAGGUCUUAGACAAGUACGGAGACAUGAGAGUGAUGAUGACCUACGAGCUGUUCAGCAUGUGGCAGAACCUCGGAGAGAAUAAGAUCCAUUUCAUCCCCGGCAUGAUCGGCCCGUUCCUGGGAGUGACGCUGGUUCCUCAGGUGGAGGUACGGAACAUCAUGAUCCCCAUCUUCCACGACAUGAUGGACUGGGAGCAACGCAAGAACGGAAACUUCAAACAGGUGGAGGCUGAGCUGAUUGACAAGCUGGACAGUUUGGUUUCCGAGGGGAAAGGAGACGAGAACUACAGAGAACUCUUCGGUUUGCUAACCCAGCUGUUUGGGCCGUACCCCAGUCUGCUGGAGAAGAUCGAGCAGGAGACGUGGAGAGAGACGGGGAUCUCCUUCGUUACCUCGGUCACUCGGCUGAUGGAACGACUGCUCGACUACCGGGACUGCAUGAAGGGAGACGAGACAGAGAACAAGAAGAUCGGCUGCACUGUGAACCUGCUGAACUUCUACAAGUCGGAGAUCAACAAGGAGGAGAUGUACAUCCGCUACAUCCACAAACUGUGUGACAUGCAUCUGCAGGCUGAGAACUACACUGAGGCUGCGUUCACCCUGCUGUUGUACUGGGAGCUGCUGCACUGGGACGAGCGGCCUCUCAAAGAGUUCUUACAUUAUCCCGCUCAGACCGAGUGGCAUCGCAAAGAGGGGCUCUGCCGCAAAGUAAUCCACUACUUCAACAAGGGAAAGUGUUGGGAGUUUGGUAUCCCUCUGUGCAGGGAGCUGGCCUUCCAGUACGAAUCUCUGUACGACUACCAGAGUCUCAGCUGGAUACGGAAAAUGGAGGCGGCGUAUUAUGACAACAUUAUGGAGCAGCAGCGUUUGGAGCCGGAGUUCUUCAGGGUCGGAUUCUACGGCAGGAAGUUCCCCUUCUUCCUCCGAAACAAAGAGUUUGUCUGUCGCGGCCACGACUACGAAAGACUGGAGGCCUUCCAGCAAAGGAUGCUGGGAGAAUUCCCACAGGCCAUCGCGAUGCAGCACCCCAAUCAGCCGGAUGAGGCCAUCCUGCAGUGUGACGCACAGUACCUGCAGAUCUACGCGGUGACACCGGUGCCGGACAGCGUCAGCGUCCUCCAGAUGGACAGAGUCCCCGAUCGCAUCAAGAGCUUCUACCGGGUCAACAACGUUCGGCGUUUCCGUUACGACCGACCGUUCCACAAAGGACCUAAAGACCGAGAUAACGAGUUCAAGAGUCUUUGGAUCGAGAGGACGACCCUGAUCCUCACUCACCCUCUGCCUGGGAUUUCACGCUGGUUUGAGGUGGACAAGAGAGAGCUGGUGGAGGUGAGUCCGUUAGAAAACGCCAUCUCUGUGGUGGAGAACAAGAACCAGGAGCUGCGGACUCUGAUCAGCCAGUACCAACACAAGCAGCUGCACGGCAACAUCAACCUGCUCAGCAUGACGCUGAACGGAGUCAUCGACGCCGCGGUCAACGGAGGCAUCGCCAGAUACCAAGAGGCUUUCUUUGAUAAGGAGUACAUCACCAGCCACCCUGAAGACACGGAGAAGAUCACACAGCUCAAAGACCUGAUGCAGGAGCAGGUUCACGUCCUCGGAGUCGGCCUGGCCGUGCACGAGAAGCUGGUGCACCCAGAGAUGCGUCCCCUGCACAAGAAGCUGAUAGAUCAGUUCCAGAUGAUGAGGAGCAGCCUCUGCCAUUGUUUCUACGUGGCGUUGCAGGGUCUGCCGGGCUUAGACAAAGCUGGUUCAGGAGCCAACACUCCCAGAGGGAUCCUGGCCUCUCACAGCCCCAUGAGCCCCGAGAGCUUCAAACUGAUGCACCGGCACAGUGAGGCAGGAAACGUUGGCAGUCUGCUGAUCCUGGCCGAUGGCAUGGUGGUGGAGCAGCACCCCGAGGACUUCUACCGCAUGCAGGCGAGCCCCUCCUCCUCCAGCCUUAGCUCCACCCACUCUGCGCCCUCCCAGAUGAUAAACUCCGCCCCCUCGACCAUCAGAGUCGGCUCUCCGUCCCUGCCGGACAAAUACAGACACAACAGAGAGAUGCUGAUGCUGCUGCCGCCGCACAGAGAGAGGCCGAGCAGCGCCAUGUACACCAACAUCACCGACAACGGACAGCCGGCGAACUUCCAGCGAGCGCUGUUCCAUCAGGUGAUCGGUCCGUGUAAACCGUGCAGUGAUCCAAACCUGUCCGUGGCUGAGAAAGUCCUCACCACUCCCAGUAGUUGGAGUUUGGACAGUGGCACCAGAGAAGCCCUCCCCUUCCUCUCGGCCCAUGUUGGCAGUGUCAUGGCGCCUCCUGUUCCCCCACGCAACCUGCCUCAUGUCAGUCCUGCUGUGUCUCCCCCUGUAGGCCAACACCUGUCGAUGCACUUUGACGCUUUCCACCACCAGGUCAGCGACCUCCCUCCAGCUCUCCCUGCGCGCUCCUUAAGAAAGUCUCCCCUGCACCCUAUACCUGCCUCGCCCACCAGUCCGCAGUCCAUCCUGGAUGGCAGUAACUCCACUUUGUCAGGCAGCGCCAGCUCUGGAGUCUCCUCCCUCAGUGAGAGUAACUUCGGCGGCCCGGCCUCCUCCUCCGACCCCCCGGCCAGUCGCACAGACACUCUGGAGUCCGUCCCCAGCAGCCAGGCCUGGACCACCGACCAGGAAGACCUGGACUCGCCUUACCAGCCCGUCAGGUACAGCGUCUCUGAGCCUGAUGUCCUGGAAGGAGUCAAACCUCCACCCUGCCGCAGCCACUCCGCCCCAGGCGGCGUCGCCCCAGCCCAGGCGGGGGUGACAAAUCAAAUCCAACCCCAGGCACCGGGUUCAGCUUCCACCGGAGCUCCACAACAACCACAGCAGCAGCAACAGGACGGGCUGCCGCACCCCCAACACCACCACUACUACCACCACUUUCACCCGCACUACAUCCCCCAUCACCCACCUCUUUACCACCUCCACGAGCCUCCAGCCCUGCCCCCCAAACCCUACCUCAGAGAGGGGUGUAUCCCCGAGGAAGACCCCCUGAACACCCAGUCUGCACCUCCUCCUCCUGCACCGCGGCCCAUGCCCCGCAAGAUCUCCCAGCCAAUAAUCGCAGCCACCAAGGAGGAGCAAGCGAAGGUGGCCUGGGAGCACGGCGUCAGCGAGGAGUGAGCGAUGAUGAUGAACAGAAUAUAAACUCUUUUCAGAAAGAAGGAAGAGCCCAGAACUGAAGAGAGAGACUCGUCGUCCUGGUUCAGUAACCAAACUAACCACUAAAGAUGAAGUUCAGUCAGUUUCUGACUGCACGGCAUCCUCGUACGAGCACAUCCAGCUUGAUUUCUUUCUUUAAACUAAUUAUUUAAUCAGCUUUUUCACUAAAUAAUAACGUCCACAAACAUAUUUCUAAACGCAGCCACACGUGUACUGAACUUGCACAGAUAUGCAUCAUGUAAGUUAUUGAUUUUAUUUUCACUGUAAACACUAAUGAAACAUGUUAGACGCCCGGUUCUCUGAAGACAAGCAGCACUUUAACAAAUCAAAGCACCAAAACGUCAAAGAAUUAUAACCCUGACGUCUUUAAACUGUCAAAGGGAUGAAGUGAUGACAGAGGCCCAACCAGACGACACGUGGAGGUCCUCCACCUUUGUCAGAUUAUAUUUUCCAUCAGUGUAGAUAAAUGUAACACAGUAUAUAGACCUAUAUAAAUCUAAUUUAUAUUUAAUCCUGAUACUUUUGAUUGAAGGUGAAACCUACGUAGAAAUAUGCAAGACAAGCGGCUUCGUGAGCCGCUCGUAGCUGUCGAUGGUACGUGAAGGACGACAUGUCGCAUCCCGAAACUUCAGGGGUCCAGAAAGGAUUUUAUUUAAAGCUUUCGAUGUUAAAGAGGCGUUGAACCCCAGAGGGAUUUUUUUUAGCUGAGGAGACGUUCAUGGGAAAAAACCUGUAAAUGUGCGCGAGGCAUCAGAUGGAUAUUUAUAGAGAAUAUUAACUAUAAUAAAUAUACACUUUUUUGUCAUUUUUUAAUGAAAGUAAUGAACUGUACAUUUUUUAAAAUCAGGUUUUGUAUGCAUGUUUGUUCAUGGGAAGAGCCACAAAAGGUGAAACUACUGGAGAACUUCGGUGCACUGAAGACGAGCCGCUGUGUUUUCUGCAAAAAAUACUGUGAAGGAGGAAACCGUUGUGUUUUUUAUUUUGUUGGUUUCAUUUUAGCCACCGGCUCAGAUUACGUCAUCCUGAAAUCCAGCCAAUCACUGCUCGAACAAAACUGAACUGUGACCAGCUGUCAGCUCGCCUGGGUUAGCUUCUUUAACGGCUACGCUGUGUUUCUCUCUCAGUCUGGAUCAUAUUUUCACACAGUGAACCUUCAUAACGCGACAGAUCUGAAUCACAAAGUCUCAGAGUACAGACGAGGAUCAGGACCACAUGGGAGAAUUUAUUUGA